AUGGCUUUUGACUUGGAUCAGACAAAUCUGUUCAACCAGAUUCAGGUUGGUAACAUGACACUGAAUCAUAGAAUCGCUUUUGCUCCCACAACAAGACUCCGUGCUACAGAUGAUCAUACUCCAAGCGAUUUGAUGCUACAACACUAUUCAGACCGAGCACAGACUCCUGGUACUUUGCUCAUUUCAGAAGCCACCUUGGUCUCUCUUCGUGCUGGCUUAUACCCCAAUAUUCCUGGCAUUUGGAACGACAGACAGGUCCAAGCAUGGAAAAAGAUCACAGACGCAGUACAUGCAAAAGGAAGUUACAUGGCUUGCCAAUUGUGGUUUGCAGGAAGAGUUGGAUCCCCAGAACUACUGAAAAAGCAUGGUUUGGACUUGGUAUCCCCUUCUGCUUUGUAUGAAAGCGAAGAUUCCAAGAAGGCAGCAGAAGCCGCUGGCAAUCCCAUUAGAGCAUUGACCGAGGAAGAAAUUCAGAGUAUUAUUUAUGACGAUUACAAGAACGCAGCCAUCAAUGCCAUGAACGCCGGAUUUGAUUGUGUGGAACUUCACAGUGCUCAUGGAUACCUACUUGAUCAAUUCCUACAGCCCGCGGCUAAUCAAAGAACAGAUAACUAUGGUGGUUCUAUAGAGAACCGUGCAAGACUCUUGCUGGAAAUUGUCGACCUUUUAAGUGAUACCAUUGGCGCCGAAAAAGUUGCAAUCCGGUUGUCUCCAUGGGCUAAAUUCCAAGGAAUGAAAGCGGAAAAAGAUACAGUGCAUCCAAUUACUACAUUUAGUUAUGUAGUUAACGAGCUUCAAAAGCGUGCAAACAAGGGUAAACAGCUCGCUUACCUUUCUGUGGUCGAACCUAGGUUAUGGAAAGGAAAUGUUUUGCAAGGUGGCAAUUAUACCUAUGAUAAACCGGAAUUUAAGUCUUUGAAAGCUGAUGUAGAUGGUGACAACCGCACUAUGGUCGCAUUUUCCAGGUAUUUCACGUCAAAUCCCGAUUUAGUUAAGAGAUUAAAGGAAGGCUUGGAGUUGUCUCCUUAUGUCCGUUCUUUAUUUUAUGCUCCAUACAACUAUGGGUAUAACACAUUUCCAAAUUUUGGUGAUGAGCUGCAGUUUGACCAUGAAACCGAAAAGGAAAGACGCCCCGCUCCUUUGAUUUGA